AUGGGUGAUAGCAAUCAAAAUAACGAUAAAGUAGGACCUGAUAUGCCUGAAGUCGAGGUGGACAAGAAAAUAAUUCAAGCAACUUCAGGAUUUGGAUACAACAUCAAUCAUAUAAUCGGAGCUGGGAUUUUUAUAAUUCCCAGCAGUAUAUGGAGGCUAGCACUAUCGCCUGGAUCCGCCUUAAUGUUUUGGAUUGCUGGUGCGCUUAUAAGCUUAUUUGGCUCCAUGAUUUAUGUUGAGUUAGGAGCCAGAUGUCCCGAUGGAUCGGGUGAGCAAAAAUAUCUCGAAGAGGCGUUUGAUAAAAAGGAUAAUAAAAAGAAUAGACAGUUUCCAAUGCGUCUGCUAAAUACUUUUAAAGGAACUUAUGAAAAUGGAGAUGCAUAUAUUGAUUCUCUACCAUCGCGGCUUUUAUCUGUCACUUUUUUAUUAAUUAUCACUAUAUACCAAAUGUACUCUAAUCGAUUAGCAAUCCAAAUUAAUAUGGGGUUUGCCUUAUUUAAAUGCACUGCUCUACUUUUCAUUUCAAUAUAUGGCUUAAUAUGGUCACGAAACAAUGGUGGAAAUCUAUGGACAUUUAAUAAUACACCGUCAGACGAAGCAUACAAGCUGUCUAUUACAGAGUAUAUUGGUCAUUUCGGCGAUGCUAUAAUAAUGGUUCUAUUUUCAUACGAAGAUUUAACUGAAGACUUAAAUUCUCCAGAAGAAAAAUUAAAAGUUCCAAUCAUUUCUAAUUUUUUGAUGAAUGCAGCCUUUAUAACAGUAGUCACACCUCAUUAUGCCAUUAACUCUUUUGAUGUUAUUGCACUUAAUUUUGGACAUACAUUAUGGGGUGAGCCUGGAAGAAGAUUUAUUUCAAUACUUAUCUCACUUUCCGCUUUUGGAUGUGUUGAUUCAAUUGUUUUUAUGGGUUCUCGAGCUAUAGUAUACGCUGCUAAAAAUGGAUUUAUAUCCGAAAGGCUAUCAAAUAAAAAACGGGAUACCCCAUUUUAUGCUUUGCUCUUACAAUUUUAUUUAGCUAUGCUGUUUUAUGGUUUUAGUGCAGUUUGUCUAUUGGUUUUGAAGAAAAGGGAAAAGAGAGGUCAAUUCAAUCAUUUUCAAGUACCUGAAAUUUUAAUUUGGUUUUAUUUGUUAUGUACAGUUCUUAUUGCGGUAGCGCCGAUGUUCCCAAUUCCACCAAGUAUAUACGAACCACUUAGUUACGGAUCCUUUGUGCCAUUCAUUGUCUCAUGGAUCGCUGUAGCAAUAAUU